GUUAUCAUUAUGUUUCUGGCACAUGGGUGUUCGGUGUGCUGAUGUUUGUGUUUUUGACUGACUCAUGGGAUCAUGUGGUUAGUAUGUGUAUAGGUGGUAUAUAAAUCCGGUAUAUUGCUACUGAAAGGUUUAUGGAAUGGAAAAGUAAAUUUCCUCCUCCAAAACCUCUGCCCUCUCUCUUCUUCGCCUGUUCUGCUCUUGUUCCGGUGACCGCCGGCGUUACACCACCUUGCCCUCCUCGAUCGACUCAUCCCCGCCACGCCCGCGAGAAGCUUCCGGAGGCUUAGGGAAGCAGUAGGUGGCCCCUCGCAAUGCCGGAAGGGAAGGACUACGCGCCCGUGCCGCUCGGCCAGGCGGCGGCGGAGGCGGCUGUUGACCCCGAAGACCCCGUCAAGUCGCCGCCAAGGCCCAGCUCGCCCGCCACGUCCACGCGCAAGGCAUGCUUCGCUGUUCUUCAAAGCUGGGUGUCAAGAAGAUUUAUGACUGGAUGUGUAGUUCUUUUCCCAAUUGCUGUCACAUUCUUCAUUACCUGGUGGUUUAUUCAAUUUGUGGAUGGCUUUUUCAGCCCACUCUACGCAAAACUUGGGCUUGACAUAUUUGGCCUUGGGUUCUUGACCUCCCUGGUAUUUAUACUUCUUGUUGGAAUAUUUGUAUCUUCUUGGGUGGGUUCGACUGUCUUCUGGGUUGGAGAAUGGUUUAUAAAGAAAAUGCCAUUCGUAAGGCACAUAUAUUCUGCAUCAAAGCAAGUUAGCACUGCUGUUUCACCAGAUCAAAAUACAACAGCAUUUAAAGAAGUAGCAAUAAUUAGCCAUCCUCGUGUUGGUGAAUAUGCGUUUGGAUUCAUCACAUCGACCAUGGUUCUUCAGACUGACAAAGGUGAUGAAGAACUGUGUAGUGUUUAUGUGCCAACCAAUCAUUUAUAUAUUGGUGACAUUUUUUUGGUAAACUCUGCCGAAAUUAUAAGGCCCAAUUUGUCCAUUCGAGAAGGCAUAGAAAUAAUUGUUUCUGGAGGAAUGACUAUGCCACAGGUGAUCACGUCACUAGAACCAACACCUCAGAAGAACCAGAACGACCGUUUAAACAGAUUGAUGACUGUAUGAGGCAUGAAAGUCAUAUCAGGAUUGCGGAGAGGCCAGUGUCAAUACGUCUGAUAUUCAGUUUGGGGAUUAGAAGCUGGGACACAGCCUGAGGAAGCAACAACGGUUUCUAUAUUGGAUUCAGCGUGGACAGCUCAGAAUUCAGAAGUGCGGCAUUGGCAGAUUCAUGGCCACCUGCAGUAGCAUGGUCCUGUACAGCUUCACUUGCAGUAGUAUGCUGAAUCGUGUUUACAUGUGAUGCUUAACAGCUUUGUAAUUCAAGUUACCUCAACCAGUGUCAUUUCUAUCGAUAACAUCCAACAAUCUCAUUAUUGU